GGGAAGGUGAGGGCGAGGCGUGAGGUAGGGCGGCUGGACAUCUCCAGUGGAGCGUGCGACUUUGGGGCCGUAGGCAGCUGUUCUUCCAGGACCAUCAGGAACCAGUCGGCACAGACCCCAGCCGCCCGCGAGAUGGGCCCGGCCGAGCGCCCUGCUUUGUGACUUCUCCUGGGCGGGGGCGGGGGGGGAAGGUCCGGCCCAUCGCCCCCGGCCCCCCGCGGCUGGGUGCUGACCUUGCGCCCCCCACAAGGAAGAGUUCCCUCCUCCGCAGGGCCAGCCGGGGCCAUGGCGGAAGACAAGACUUUCCGCUACGGGUUCAUCAUUCUGGGCUUGUUCCUACUGGCGGUGGGCAUGUUCAUCAUGACGGUGGAGCGGCCACAGGUGUACAUCACCUUCUGUGUCGUCGGCGGAGUCAUGCUGAUCACCGGGGUCGUCUGGAGCAUGUGCCAAUGCUAUCCCAAGAUUGCCUUCGUCCCGGCUGACACGGACUUUGAGAGCUUCCUGUCCCCAAAGGCUCUGGGCACCUCUGAGAGUGGCAUUCCUGAAAAGAAGAGUUCCCAACCUCCUUACUCUAGAUUGGAAGAAGAUGAGGCCUCAGUGCAGAGCCCUGCUGACUAUCGCCACAUCCAGAUGAAGGUCUUUGGCCCCAGGGAGGACCAGGGCGUCCUGUCGGCCCAGAGCCUGCCCCAGUCCGACCUCCACUCUGGAGGAGAAGGAAGGGGCCCCCACUCGGAACCUUUCAUGGAGACGACUGUCGUGGUCCACCGGAGCCCGGAUGUCGGGGAGGCUGAGAGCCACCAGGGUCAGCCUGAGGCAAGCCAGAUGACGGGUCCCCAGAUCACUGCUGCCCCCCUGGCCUCCUUUAAAGAUGAGCUGGACUCCAGUGGCAGCAGCAGCAGCAGCAGCAAGAACCCAUGCCCUCCUGAGGGUGAAGAGCCCUGGUCCCAGAAGGCAGACUCUCAGCCCGAUCGCUACCCUGACUUUGUUCUGAUCGAUUCCACCGGAGGCGACGAGGACUCCCCAAGCCCCAGCCCCGGCCCCAGCCCCAGGCCCGGCCAGGGUGUUUCUCCGGACUUCUGGCCCGGGCCCAGGCUGGGGCCAGCCAGUGUCAAGGAGGCAGCUUCUGAAGGAGGCCUUCCUGACCCGGUGGAGGAGUCUGAAGCGGCCCCAGAGGAACCCAAGGAAGAAGAGGAGGAUCUGUACUACGGACUGAAGGAUGGGCCAGGGGGGGCCCUCGAAGUUGAGGAGCUGUUUGAGCCAGACUCCUAGGGCUAGAGAAGGGUUUGGGGGUCAGUGACCCUCACUGGGCUGCAGAUCUAGCCCGGCCUCUAACUCACUGUGUGAUCUUAGCUGAAUCCCUUCACCUAACCUCAGUGUUCCCCAUCUAUAAAAUGGGGACAUUCAUAAAUCACAGGGUUUCUGUAAGAAUCCCCUGAAACUAUGGAUCGGAAUUAUUUACACAUAAUAUAUACACAGUGAAUGUGAGGGAUUAUUAUGACUCUCGGUAUGCUUCUGUUGAUACUUGAACUCAUCCAUGUGAGCAGACCAUCCACCAAUGCUGAUUGAAACUCAUCCAUGCCUUUCCAUCACACAUCGUUCCUGUCCGCCACUUGGCAUAUAUACCCUCUGCCAGCUGGUCAGUUUUGAACUGGAAGGGACCAGCCACGUGACUGACCCAGGGUUGCAGAGCUAAGAGAAAAUUCAAACCAGGCCUUCCUGACUCCAAGUCCAGUAACUAGGCAGCAGGAGGCCUUUCUCUCAUGCUCAAAGGUACAACUAACCUGGGAUCUCUCUGGCUGUGCCCAGGUGCCGCUGGGAGAGGGCGUGUCUUCCCUGAAGCCUUCUUAAAGGCAUGCAGAGGGCCAGUGGGGCCUCAAGGCUCAGAGGAGGAGGAUGGGGGGAGGCGUGCCCCCUCCACCAUAUUGGCUCCCGUACCAAUACAGGUUUGUUUAUUGCAUUUACGUAGUGCUUUAUUUAAUGCUCACGGCAUUUAUACCGUACUUUGAAAGUUCACAAGGCGCUCUACAAAUAUUGAUCCUCACAAACACCUUGUGAGCUAGGUGCUAUUAUUCUGUUUUGUUGAUGAAGAAACUGAGGCUAAAAGGGACCGAGAGACUUGCUGAGGGUCACACAGACAGUAAGUGUCUGAGGCAGGAUUCAAGCUCAGGUCCCACUUCGACACCUAGCUGUCUCCUUCUAAGAGUCCUUUCCUGUUCCUCCCCUUCCCAGGACCCGUCAUUGGCACAACGCACCAGACAGGGGCAGGCUGCCCAUGACCCCCAUAACACAGGAUGCCCAAAGACCAGGUGAUGGUGGUGCCUAGCAAUCUCAGGGCAUCCUGAGGCUGUCUCCCUUCCUUCACCCACGCCUCACCUCCAGACUGGUCCAGGUGCUGGACAGGCUACGUCAGUGGGGCUCUGGGUCCUCCCCCCCUCCCUCUCUCUUGCUUUUGACCAGCCAGACUCCUCUUUUUUAUCAUCCUUGACCUCAACGACAUCAUUCAUUUACUCUUCAUACCAUCAACCAACUAUUAUGGUUUUUUUAAGCGUGUCUAGAAGUCAUUUGAAGGCACAAUGUAAUCAGAUUGGCUGAACCAAUUAGGAGUCAGGAGACUCUAUCAGUAACUGUGUGGCAUUGGCCAAGUCAAUUCUCUAUGGCCUCAAUUUCAUGAAUUUAUCAUCUAUCUGUUAAGGAUGGAUUGAUGGGGGUGGGGAGGUGGUGUGAGGAAGUAGAAGACAGACCUUGGAGUUAGGAAGACACGGCUGAGUUAUCAUAUACAAAUAAAAUGGAAUAUGAUU